UUUAAGUGCUUCGAACGUAACGCGUGUUAUUUUUUGACUGUGCGCUGACGAGAACUGACAGUUGAGAUAGACAUUAAUAUUAAUAGGGCGCUUUGAAACGGAGUACGAACCGCAGUGCGUGAAGGCAUCUCAGUGUGUGUGUGUGUGUGUGUGAGAGAGAGAGAGAGAGAGAGAGCGAGAACGAGAACGUGUGUCAUCAAUCGAUGGCGUUAGUACCUCCUCCUGCUGUUAGUUUUGCUCGAUUGCGUGUACGAUGAUCACCCAGCCAAACCUCCUCAUUAUGUCAGUACCGGUGCUGAGGAACUCUAUAUAAAGCGUGGUGCGUCUUCUAACGGUCACUAGCGUUUAACACUCCCGAGCUAUCUCAUCCACAGCCACCUAGGAACGAUCUGGGACAAUGUCACAAGGAUGGGGAUACGGAUCAGACAACGGACCUGAGAAAUGGUUUGAAAAGUUUCCAAUUGCCAAUGGAAUCCGCCAGUCCCCCAUCGAUAUUGUGACUAGUGAGGCUCAGCGUGACCCUGAGCUCAAGCGUCUCACCCUGCACUAUGACCCUUCAACCUCUUUGGACAUUCUUAACAAUGGUCACUCUUUUCAGGUCACUUUCACCGAUGACAAGGACCAAUCAGUUCUGACAGGGGGACCCUUAACUGGCACCUACAGACUAAAACAAUUCCACUUUCACUGGGGAUCUAGUGAUAACAAGGGCUCAGAGCACACUGUUGAUGGAAAAAUGUACCCUGCUGAGCUUCAUCUUGUUCACUGGAACACUGCAUAUCCCAGCUUUGGAGAUGCCGCUACCAAGCCUGAUGGUCUUGGAGUGGUUGGAGUCUUCCUGGAGAUUGGUGAUGAAAAUCCUAAUCUCCAAAAAGUUCUUGAUGCACUACAAGCCAUUAAAGCAAAGAACACACAGACUUCAUUUGCAGACUUUGACCCCACAACGCUGCUACCUAGCUCUCUAGGCUACUGGACUUAUGAGGGCUCCUUGACCACCCCACCACUGCUUGAAAGUGUGACAUGGAUUGUCUGCAAAAAAUCAAUCAGCGUUAGCUCUGCACAGAUGGAGAAAUUCCGUAGCCUGCUCUUCUCAGCUGAUGAUGAGCCAGAAUGCUGUAUGGUGAAUAACUACCGCCCUCCUCAACCCCUUAAGAAUCGCAAGGUCCGCUCCUCUUCCUAAUGAGCUUCUCCUGUUUUUUGAGGCGCUCCCUUGUUUUAUUGCUUUUCUUGAGUUCCCACCAAGGUUCCUAUAUUGCUUUUGCCAUUGUAUUUUAAAGACCUUUUUGAAGCAGUGAGAAGUCUACAGAAGGUGAACGUCUGGCCAUCUGUCACAGCUAAUCUUUCUGUCUCUGCCUGCUUUAUGGCCACUGCAGCUUUGUGCAAACCAGCAUGUUGCCAUUAUGGUAACUCGAAAAUCCCCUGUUUUAUACUCAUUUAUGUCAGCAUGUUGUACUGCCUAAUCUGCUACUGAGAUGCACUUUUACACAUACAGCAUUUGCAAAAUGAAGUCUGGCAUAUAAACCGUAAGUUGGUUUUAUGCUUUUGUCUUAAAUACACAAACAUUUGCACAAUGAGGUCUGACAGAGGAGACUUAAGUUGGUUCUAUGCUUGUGUUUUAAUGAGGUAGUUUAUUUUGCUGCAAUAUUUUACUACAAACUAUAGUACAGCUUAUAGACAAAUGCAGCAAAUUUACCAGCAUAUUAGGUUUUAGGUGUUAUAUUUUCUUGCACUUCUAAUCUUACCAUAUAAAUGACUUAAACCAGAGAAUUUCUCUAGUAAGACUUGAAGGACAACUGAUGUUCUCAGUUGUGUUGAUAGGUUUAGAUUUUAAAGUUAUGUGAAGUACUACUGUUUAUAGGAUGUAUUAUAUUUUGCUAUCCACUCUGAAAAACAAUAUUUUAAUUACAUGAGCAUAUAUUUGUGUUAUUGUCAGAUUUUGUGAACUUACAAAUAGAUAGCCUACCAAACAACCACACUACUGUAACCUAAAUUUAUUUAUACUGAGAGUAUAUAUUCAUUUAAAUAUCGUAAAUAAAGAGCUUAGCAGUUAAUACCAACAA